AUGGAUAAGGUUUUGGCACUUGACAAAGCUUACCCACUUCCAUUAUUAGGAGCAAUGCUUGAAAAAUAUCCCGCUAAAUUUGAGCCUGCUGUUUGGUGGCCUUCCAACAAAGGAAAACCACAAAGCAAGAAAAUGGGGAAAAUGAAUAAUGGAUGGAGUGAAGAAUUAGAAAUGGAAAUGCGGGAAGUUGUUGAAGUGAUAAAGAGAAAGGAUGCCGAAGAUUAUAAUAGACUUGGAAACAUAGCGUUGAAGAUAAACAAGAGUUUGGCAAUUGCAGGUCCAUUACUCACAGGCAUUGCAGCUGUUGGAUCUACAUUUAUAGGCAAUAAUGGUAGUUCUUUGGCUGCUUUUGUUCCUCUCAUGGCUGGUUCAUUGGCUGCUGCAAUUAAUACUUUCGAACAUGGUGGCCAAGUUGGCAUGGUUUUUGAAAUGUAUAGAGGUUCUGCUGGUUUCUUCAACUUUUUAGAAACCUCAAUUGAAUCAACUUUAAGUGAGAAAGAUUUAGCGAAAAGAGAAAAUGGAGAGUUGUUUGAAAUGAAGAUGGCUCUGAAGUUGGGAAGAAGUAUAUCAAAUCUGAGGGAACUUGCAUCAAAAUCAGCUUCUUAUAGAAUGGAAGGUGUGGGUGACAUGGGUGAAUUUGCCAGCAAACUCUUCUAA